UAUGUGUCUACCCAUACACUGGCUACACAUGUAGUAGGUACUGUACACUGCACUUGCACACGUGCAGUUAUAUCUUUAGCAUUGUAUUGGUAAUGAGAAACAGUUUAAUUAAUUUAAGAAUGUAGUAGAUAAGUCACUAUCAGUCUUCCACUCAAUGUGAUUUGUAGAGGCUAUUCUCCCAAACCAUCAGUAAUUUUAUUUCAGAAAUUUGCACAGACACUACAUGCCACGCCCACAUACCAGAUCUAUGUACUACGUUCACAGAGCUACUUCAAAAACUCCUGUCUAUAACUCUGCUAGUUUAUAUAAUAUUCUAUUUGUUUUGUUUGAUCUACAGUCAAUACUCCAGCAGGUGACAAGAAACAUAUAAGUAUAAACUGGUGUAUUAUACAUCUAAUUUUAUUAUCAUGUAUUUUGAUGUGUUAAUAUUAGAAGAUGGUAAUCAUACUUGGAUGUUGUGUUUAUUUGACAGGAUGGAAUUACAGCACUGCAAGUAGCUGUCAGCUGCAAUAACAAAGAUGCUGCAGAUGCAAUCAAGGCAUUCACUAGCACUACACCUACACAACAACUGAGAAAUGAAAGUUCAGAAAAGGAUAAAGAAAUUGCUGAAAUGAGAAGACUAAUUACAGACCUACCGACGGCAUUGAGAGCAAGUGCAUGUCAAGUUGAGGAUUUACAAAGAGAGUUGGAGCAGCUCAGAGAAAGCAAUCAAGCCAUUUAAGCAGAGAAAUCUGCCAUUCAAGCAGAGAAAUCUGUAUUGCAGCAGCAAUUGGUUGAUCAGGAGGCUGUGACUCGUACCGUCACUGAUGAGAAUGAACGUCAAGUGGAAGAAGUAAGAAGAUUGCUGCAACUCAUGCAGCAACGUGACGAAGACAACAAACAACUACAAACAGCACUUCAUGAGCAGGAACAUCUAGCAGCACAGAAACAGAGACAGGCAAACGAACUGCAGGAGGAAAUCACAAGAAUGGCAAGUCAGUUAGAUGACAAGGAGAGACAACUGCAACAAAAGGAGGAAGAAUUGGAUGGCAAGAAGAACACAAUAGAGCAACAGGGAAGCACGAUAGAAGAACAAAGAAGGCAAAUGAAUGUCUUGAGGCACGAGGUGCAAGAGAAGCAGACGACUAAUGAACGUCUGGCAAGAGACAUACAGAGAAGUGAAAGUGCAGUGCAGGAGCUGCAACAACUUCAACAUCAAUAUGACAGCGUUACACUAAUCCAUGAUGACCGUUUACACAUGACUGGAUUAAUCUUGGGAGAAGGAGCUUAUGGAGAGGUUGCUGUUGGCAUGUGGAGUGGUGUAGGAGUUGCUGUCAAGACAUUUCAUGAAGAACCGGUUAGAGUACAUGAACUCAACAUUUCAUUCAUUCGACGUGAAGUGUCGGUGUCCUGUCGUGUCCAUCACCUCAAUGUCGUAUCCAUCUGUGGAGCUAUCAUUGAGAAUGAAGUUCCUCUUCGUAUCGUCAUGGAGCUUUUGGAAGGAUCACUGAAAGAUGUGAUCAAAGCUGCUUUGAAAAGCAGAUAUCUGUCCAUGAGGGAACAAGUGGAUGUAGCUGUGGGAUGUCUGUGUGGUGUGAUGUAUCUCUACCAGCUGCAGCCUGCUCUUCUUCAUGGAGACAUUCGCUCUACCAACAUUCUCAUCAGCAAGACCAUGAAAGCCAAAAUCGGUGAUUUGGGCUCUUGUCGCUUCUCUAACGAGUCACUUUCUGUUGGUCCUCUCAGUCCACAAUAUAUUGCACCAGAACGAGUUGUGGAAGGUCGUGCAGUGACCCCACGCAACACAACACAAGCCGACAUGUACAGCUUGGGAGUCACGUUUGUUGAGUUAUUCACAGGAGUAGGUGCAGAGGUGAAACGGCGUAAGAAUCAGUUUCGAGCUGUUUCUUAUGUUCCACUGCAGGACAUUUGCUAUGCUAUGGCAGAAGAGAAUCCACCUGAUCGCAUUUCUGCAGCAGCAGCUCUCAUGCAAGUGAAUGCAGUGAAGCAGAAUGACGAGUACACUUCAUGUCCUCCCAAAAGGAUGGUAAAAGGCAAGAAGCGCAAUGAAGACAAAGUGACACUCGUAGAGAUGCCGUGGAUGUGACUUUAGAGCAGAUAAUUGUGAUGUAUUUGUUUGUCUGUUUGUCUCAAUUCCUCCAACUUUGCUGCUUGUUAUAAAUGCAAUAGAUGAUGUUGCAUGUGUGUAGUGUGCUGUGCAAUGUAGGUUGAAAAUGAACUUUUUGAUAGUCUAGCAGUCAGUCUCAACAGUUUUUAAUUUACAGUUUCACUGAUAUGAACUGAAAACAUUUU